AUGACUAUUAGAGCUAAGACAUUAAAAGCGUUAAUAUUAGGCGCUCCAGCGUCAGGAAAAGGUACGAUCUCAUCAAGAAUUGUAAAGAAAUAUAAUGUGGAACACGUGUCUAGUGGAGACAAGCUACGCGAUCACAUUGAAAAACAAACUGAUUUGGGAAAGGAGGUGAAAAGCUACCUCAGUGAGGGUAAACUUGUACCUGAUGACGUGAUAAUUAAGUUUAUGAUUACUGAAUUGAAGAAAGUCGAAAAUAAACCUUGGCUUCUUGAUGGAUUUCCUAGAACAGUGGCUCAGGCGGACGCUCUAUGGAAAGUUCAACCGGUUGACGUUGUUUUAAACCUAGUGGUGCCGUUUGAUGUUAUAAUUGAUAGAGUGAAAAGUCGAUGGGUUCAUUUGCCUUCAGGGAGAGUAUAUAACAUAGGAUUCAAUACUCCCAAAGUAUUGGGCAAGGAUGAUGUAACUGGUGAAGAUUUAAUUCAGCGUCCUGAUGAUAAACCAGAAGCUGUGCAAAAAAGAUUAGAAAUAUAUGAAAGUGUCACUCGACCGGUAAUCAAUUAUUACAAAGAAAAGGGUAUCCUUAAACAAUUUGAAGGCAAAACUUCCAAUGAGAUAUGGCCAAAAGUAACAGAUUAUUUAGACUCUAUUUUUAAGAAUACUUAGAACAAAAAUAAUCAUAUUGAAUAUUGUUAAGU